CCCACCCACACCCACACCCACCCACACCCACACCCACACCCUUUUUUUCGAUUUAUUCCUUGCAGCGUCUAACUGUCUGCAUAUCUCUUUUUUCGAAUAAUAUAUUUGUCAUCAAUAGCAUAAUUUAUUGACUAUAUUUUUUUAAAACGAAAUACAAGUUAGAACAACACAUCAUUUUUCUAUAAUUCAAAGUAUUUAUAGAUUUCAUCAAGUCUGAUUAGGCCUCAGAUAAAUCAGAUACAGUUUUAUCAUGAAAAUAUAUCGAAAACAAUUUUAACAAGGGAAAAAAAGUGUAAGCUAAAAUUGUAAUUGUUUAAGAAAUAUAAAAAGUAAGGAUGUGGAACGUGCAUUUGUAUUUCUGACAUAUGCCAUAAUAAAUUUUUAAGAAACCAUUCGAAGAAUAAACUCUAGAAAGGGUGUGAGUGUGGGUGUGUGUGGGUGUGAAUGUGAGUGUGUGAGUGUGGAUGUGGGUAUAGGAUUAUCUUCAACCCCACCCACCCACACCCCUACCUACAUUCACACCCACACCCUACUUCGACCAGAAUCAAAUGAUAUUAAUGAGCUGUUUCAAUAAUUCAAAAUAUUAUCUCUAUGCACAUGAGAUGAGAAAAAGAAACAAACUUGUCUCAUUUUAUCAAUCAUUAUGAUUUUCGUUUUUGAUUGUUUUUUUCGCAUUCGACUCGUUAUUGAAUAUUUAAUGUUUUUCUUCCUACAUACUCAAAGAGAUAAAAGGUCAAAUCGAUAAAAUUAUGCAAACAGCCUGUAUUUUGCUAGUGCGUAUCAACUGCUCCAAUGUUAGGAAUUACUUCAUGGAAAGACUACAAACCAUUAUAUAAAAAUAUUAUUUUCGUUUGUGAAAUAAAAUUUGUCUCAUCUUCGAUUUUUCUUUUAACCAAAAGUUAGAAAAAAAAAUGUUUUCUGUUUUUACAAAUUUACGCGAUUAGAAAUACAGACACUUGAAAAAAAAGGGGGGAUGUAGUCAAAUAAUGUACAAACAAACUACCAUCGAGUCAAAUGAAAUAAGAAGAUUGUUUUCAAUUUCAUAUGUAAACGAUGCGCGAAAAGCAAAGAAGAGAGAAUAAAGACACUUUGGCUUUAUCAUUUGAGAUGAGGAAGAUAAGUAAGAUUUAAUGCCUAUUUAUAACAUCAAUUUUUUAUACGGGUUUGUAUGAGACAGGAAAAAAAGAAGAUGAUUCAUAUUCUUCUUUUUUAUUAUGAGAAGAACAAAAGUUAAAAGAGUAAUUUUAUUGACUGUUCUAUCUAGUAUUUCAAAAACAAUGAUUUGACAAUGUUUUGCCGUCUUAAUUUACUCAAAUUCCGUUCGUUGUUUUUUGUAUGUGCUUCUAUUUCAAGCGAAUCGAAAAAUGAUGAAUAUUAUCAAAAUAGAAUUGUAACACUGUUAGAAUUAUUAUCAUUAAAUAAAACUGAAAUCAGAUGCGAGUAUAUAUAUAUAUAUGUGCUGAUGUGAGUCGGUGAUCUUGUAUGUUUCUUUUGUUUGUUUUUUGUUUGACGGUAAGGUAACAGUAGUAUUACAUAUAUUUAUAUAUAUAUGCAUUCAAUUUUGUCAGACUGUAUUUUAGGAUUGAAUAAAUAAGUAACAAAUGAGAACUAUUUCUUCGAAUCAAUAUUUUAGAUAAUUUACGAAUGAAUUUGAAAACAUUUAUUUUUCUUUUUUGUUCUAAUUUUUUAUUGCUAUAUUCAAUAACAGGUAAAAUUAGUAAAUAAAUUAAGAACGGUAAGAUUACCUUGUAUUUUGCCGAUUAGAUGCUUGUGGUAUUAACGAAUGGAGAUGUGAAACAGGCAGUCGUUGUAUACCAUUAUCAUGGCGUUGUAAUCGAAUUAAUGAUUGUAGUGAUGGGUCUGAUGAACGAAAUUGCACUUAUCCACGAUGUUCGGAAUCACAAUUUGAUUGUGGUGAUAGGUGUAUACCUCGUUCAUGGGUAUGUGAUGGGGAUAAUGACUGUGGAAAUAAUACUGAUGAACAAAAUUGUCCUCCGAGAAGAUGUUCAAGUACACAAUUUCAAUGUAAUGAUUCACAAUGUAUAGGUGCAUCCAUGAAAUGUAAUCAUGUAAAAGAUUGUAAUGAUGGUAGUGAUGAAGGAGCAUUUUGCAAUUAUCGUCAAUGUGAUCCUUCCACAGAAUAUCAAUGUGAUGUACAACGAUGUUUACCAUUAACACAAAAAUGUGAUGGAUAUUAUAAUUGUGAUGAUCGAACUGAUGAACUUAAUUGCAAUAGUACAGCAUGUCCCACAUAUCAAUUUCGAUGUGUAUCCGAUGGUAGAUGUAUACCAAGUUAUCAACGUUGUGACUUUCGCUUACAAUGUUUUGAUGGAUCUGAUGAAGCAAAUUGCACACGACCUAAUUGUACCUCAAGUCAAUUUCGAUGUGCUAAUGGAAGAUGUAUACCCUCAUCAUGGGUUUGUGAUCGUGAUGAUGAUUGUCUUGAUCGUAGUGAUGAAAUAUAUUGUAGUGCAAGACAAUGUCCACCACAUAUGUAUCCAUGUAAUAUAACUGGUCAAUGUAUUGAUAUAACAAAAGUAUGUAAUGGUCAACAAGAUUGUAUUGAUGGUACAGAUGAAAGUUCACAAUGUAAUACUCAACUUUGUGGUUUUUUGUCAUGUGAAUAUGCAUGUCGUGCAACACCAGACGGUCGUGGUCGAUGUUAUUGUCCAAUUGGAUUUCAAAUUAAUCCAGCUGAUAAUCGUUCAUGUAUUGAUGUUAAUGAAUGUGAAAUUUGGGAUGAAUGUGAUCAAGAUUGUCAAAAUACAGUUGGAUCAUAUGUUUGUACUUGUCGGGCAAAUUAUACACUUGAAGUUGGCAAUCGAUGUAAACAUAUAAAAAGUGACGAUAUGAAAAUGUUUGUAACUAUAGCGAAUAAAAUCUAUGAAAUCGAUCGACUUCGUAAUGCACGAGUAAUAUAUACUGGUCUAGAAAAUAUGACUAUUUAUGCUAUUGAUUAUCAUUAUCGAAAUCAAUUACUUUAUUUUACUGAUCCAUAUGCACAUAAAAUCUUUUCAUUAUCAUUAUCAUCCCCAUUAUCAUCAUCAUCAUCAGUAAGACUUAUCCUUGAAAAAAAUAUUCGCAUGCCAAUAUCAAUUGCUAUUGAUUGGAUAACAAAUAAAAUGUACAUUGUUGAAUAUGAAUUAGCACGUAUUGAUAUAUUGUCAUUAGAUGAAAAAAUGAUGAAAACAAAUAUAAUUAUUAAUAAUUUAUAUCAACCAGUAGCUAUAGCUAUUGAUCCAAUAGUUGAAUAUUUAUUUGUUGCUGAUGAAGGUAAUGGAUAUCGAAUAUUAGCAAAAAUUAAUCGAUGUCUUCUUGAUGGUACACAAUGUACAACAUUAAUUGAUCAAAAAUUAGAACAACCAAGUGAUUUAACGGUUGAUUUUAUUAAACGAAGAGUUUAUUGGGUUGAUCGAGCUUAUGAUCAUGUUGAAAGUUGUGAUUAUCAUGGAUCACGAAGAAUAACAAUAACAUCUGGUAGUCAAAAUAUUCCAUUUACAGUUGGAAUUGAUUUAUUUGAAAAUAAUCUUUAUUUAACGGAUGAUGUAAAAGGUGCUGUAUUACAACUACGACGUCAUUUUAAUUCAAAUACAAGUUAUUUUUAUAAACCAGAAUCAUUUAUUCGACCACAAGGUGUAGCUAUUUAUCAUGAAACACGACAACCAAAUAGAAUAAAUCCAUGUAAUGGAACAUAUAAUGGUGGUUGUGAACAUUUAUGUUUACUUGGACGAGGUUAUUUAUUAGCAAAUAGUUAUCAAUGUCGAUGUCAAUCAGGUUUUAGAUUAAAAUCAGAUUUAAAAUCAUGUGAACCGGUGAAAGAUUUUCUACUUUUAACACGAUUAACUUCUAUUCGUGGAAUUGAUUUUAAUCGUGAUUCAACAAUUGAAGCUCGACCGCCAAUUGUACCCGCGCGUCGAACUACUAUUUCAGAUUCUGUUUUUGAUUACGAAGAAAAAACUGUUUAUUUUUAUGGUCAAAGAAGUCAAAUGAUUUAUUCAUCGAAAAUGGGUGGUGAAAAACCAAUACCAGUUACAACAUCAAAAAUAUUUCCAAUAGUUAGUGCUUUAGCAUUUGAUUGGUAUUCAAAAUUACUUUAUAUGACAUCAAUAAUUGAAAGUCAACUUCUUGUUGUUCGACUCAAUGGUAGAGAUUUUCCACAACGUAUUCUUGUUAAUGGUACAACUGGUAUACAUGGUAUUGCUUUAGAUCCAUUACAAGGCUAUGUAUUUUAUUCAACAAUUGAACGUCCAGCAAAAAUUUAUCGAAUGUUAUCUGAUGGAACAAAUCGUAAUAUAAUUGUUCCAAAUGAAUUAGGUACACCGUAUCAUUUAACAUGUGAUUAUUCAACAAAACGUCUUUAUUGGACUGAUGGUACAUUAUCACGUAUUCAAUAUUCAGAUUAUAAUGGUCGAAAUAUUCAAUCACUAAGAGGACGAUCAAUUUCACAUCCAUUUGGAAUUGCAAUUUAUGGAUCUCGUCUUUAUUUUACUGACGCAACAUUAGAAAGUGUAUUUGAAAGUAGUAAAACAUAUAGUGGUUAUGCAUCGGCUAUUCGAUCCAAUAUUCCAUCGAUUACAACAGUUAAAGUUUAUGCCGAAUCAUCUCAACCAAUGAAUAUUACACAUCCAUGUCGAAGAAAUAAUGGUGAAUGUGCAGAUUUUUGUUUUCCUAGACAAGAACAAGGUGUUUUAACACGAGUAUGUGGUUGUCGUUAUGGUCAAAAAUUAAAUACAAUGAAUAAUCAAGAAUGUAUUGAUAAUUCUCAAGCUGAACCAAGUCAAACAUCCUGUAAUGGACGUUUUCAAUGUCGAAAUGGUCGAUGUAUUCCAUUAAGCUAUAAAUGUGAUGGAGAUGAUGAUUGUCAUGAUAACAGUGAUGAACAAAAUUGUCCAGCUGGAACACCAACAUGUGGAACAAAUCAAUUUCAAUGUAGAACUAGUCGUGUUUGUAUAAAUAAACAACUUGUUUGUGACGGUUAUCCACAUUGUCAAGAUCGUUCAGAUGAAUCUAAUUGCAGUCAAACUUGCACACAAAAUCAAUUUCGUUGUGCAACAGGAAAAUGUAUUCCUAAAUCAUGGAUAUGUGAUAAUGAAAAUGAUUGUGGUGAUUCGAGUGAUGAACAAAAUUGUGAAGAAAGAACAUGUGAUCCGUUGACACAAUUUGCUUGUCCUCAUACACCUGGUAAAUGUAUUCCGAAUGGAUGGAAAUGUGAUGGUCAAAAUGAUUGUGGUGAUAAUGCUGAUGAACUCGAUUGUCCACCAAUAACUUGUGGUGCUGGACAAUUUCUAUGUUCACGUGAUCGUAUGUGUAUUAAUGCAACACGAAGAUGUGAUGGUAUUGCAGAUUGUCAAUCAUCGGAAGAUGAACGAAAUUGUGCCGGAUCGGUACCAUCAUGUCGUCGAGCAGACCAAUUUCGUUGUGGAUCAACUUGUAUACCAAAUGCUUGGCGUUGUGAUGGUCAUCGAGAUUGUGCCGAUGGAUCGGAUGAACCACCAAGUUGUGGUGCAAGAAAUUGUACAUCAAAUGAAUUUCGUUGUGUAUCAACGGGUGACUGUAUUCCCAAAGGGUGGAUGUGUGAUCAUGAAGAUGAUUGUGACGAUGGUUCGGAUGAAGGCGCAGAACUAUGUCGUAAGGAUUAUUGA